GGCCACAGAGACUUUAGGGCCACAGAAUCGUUGAUAAAGACACAGAAUCGUUACUCAGGGACACAGAAUCGUUACUCAGGGACACAGAAUUGUUACUCAGGGACACAGAAUCGUUACUCAGGGACACAGAAUCGUUACUCAGGGACACAGAAUCGUUACUCAGGGCCACAGAAUCGUUACUCAGGGACACAGAAUUGUUACUCAGGGACACAGAAUCGUUACUCAGGGACACAGAAUUGUUACUCAGGGACACAGAAUCGUUACUCAGGGACACAGAAUCGUUACUCAGGGCCACACAGCUAUCAAAGAAUCGAAAAUUUAAAGUGACAUACACCC